UAGGGCGUGGUAAUAAUUAAUCCAAUUCUAACCAAGGCGAGAGAGGUUGAGACUUGAGAGAGAAUGGAAAGAGGAAACCCACCUCAAGAGCCGAAAGGGAAUCCACAGAUGAUGAACGGAGACCUGAAUUCAAACCCUAACAUGAAAUCAAAGCCCAAGAUUGUAGUGAUAAUGGGCGCUACUGGCUCAGGCAAAUCCAAAUUGGCCAUAGACCUCGCUUCUCACUUCCCCAUCGAAAUCAUCAAUGCCGACUCUAUGCAGGCUUACCAAGGAUUGGACGUUCUUACCAAUAAAGUUCCCGUUCAAGACCAAAAAGGAGUGCGGCACCAUCUGCUCGGGACAAUCAGCCCCCAUGUCGAAUUCACUGCCAAGGAUUUUCGGGAUUGUGCUAUUCCGCUCAUCAUUGAGAUAUGGUCUCGCAAUUGCUUACCUGUUAUAGUGGGUGGAACAAAUUAUUAUAUCCAGGCUCUUGUGAGUCAGUUCCUUCUGGAUGAUUACAUAGAAGAUCAGGAAGCAAAUUACUUAUUUAAUCUUCCUGGAGACAAGAAACCAGAUUUUGAACUUGAGCUUGAGCCCAUUGGUGUAAAUGGUGAUUAUACUUAUAGUCAUCUUAAAGACCUUGAUCCUGUAGCAGCAAAUAGAAUUCAUCCAAAUGAUCAUAGGAAGAUUAAUCAAUACAUAAGCUUAUAUAUCCGUUCCGGUGUCCGUCCAAGCGAGCUAUUGCAGGGGAAUAUCAAGGAGAACUGGGGCCGAGCUAAUAAUUUCAGAUAUGAUUGCUGUUUUAUAUGUCUGGAUGCAUCUGUUCUAGCAUUGGAUCAAUAUGUAGAUCAAAGAGUUGAUUGCAUGAUAGAUGCUGGUCUACUUGAAGAAGUUUUUGAUAUUUACAAGUUAAAUGCUGAUUAUACACGAGGUUUACGACAAGCAAUUGGUGUCCGGGAAUUUGAAGAUUUUCUAAGACGAUGUACUUCUGAAUGUCAAAAUCCUAGUGAAGCUGUCUGUUCUCAAAAUUCAAAUGCUAAGCAAUUCAAGGAAAUCAUGCGGCAAAUCAUGGACUCCCCCAUUGAGAACCAACAAAAGAUUCUAUUAACAGAAGCUAUUGAUAAAGUGAAAUUAAACACAAGAAGACUCGUUCGUCGUCAAAAGAGAAGGCUUAGCAGACUGCAAAUGCUGUUUGAAUGGAAUAUUCAUUAUGUUGAUGUCACUGGGUGCUUAUUAAGCGCUUCAGAUGAUAUAUGGAUUGUGGAUGUGGUUGAACCGUCACUUGAAAUUAUAAAAUCUUUCCUUGAUAAGAACAAUAUGGAAGAGGCCAGGAGUGAUUGCGAAGUGAUGAAAUCGGCACACAGGGACCUUUGGACUCAAUAUAUUUGUAAGGCAUGUGGGAAUAAGGUGCUUAGAGGGGGACAUGAAUGGGAACAACAUCAACAGGGACGUAGCCAUCGAAAACGAGUAUCUCGGCUAAAAAAGUCAGGCAUCUAUGUAGAAUUGUCCCACAACCGUUCUAUGCAGUAAUUCCAAAAUCUCAUUUUUCUGAACUCUUAAUCUUGUAUAUUGUAUUUAAACAAGAAUUUGGUGAACAAUGAUAUUUCUGAGGCUUUAAUUGUGGAGCAAGCUUAUUUCUUCUUUUCAUAUCAACCUUA